CCCACCGUGGCCUGCAGAGAGAGGAGACAGACAGGGCAAAUGGCCAAUGAGAGCUCUGCUCUCUCGCCCGUCAUCCAAUGAGCCUCGGAUGCCAGGCUGGGCGGGACUAAGAGGGCAGAAGUGGGCGGCCCGGGAGCGGAGCACGGCGCGGCAGCUCCGAGGCUCUCAGAGCUGGAGCCUCCCGGAGUCCGCGCCUAGAGGAGACGCGGGAAGGCGGCAGCGGCUGUGGUGGACACGACCGGCCCUCCGGCCACCUCACCAGCUCCGGCGUUCGCUGCUUGCAGCCUCAGCUGCCAGCCACAGUCCUCAUGGAAGAGAUGGAAGAAGAGUUAAAAUGCCCCGUGUGUGGGUCCUUCUAUCGGGAGCCCAUCAUCUUGCCCUGCUCGCACAAUUUAUGUCAGGCGUGCGCCCGCAACAUCCUGGUACAGACCCCGGAAUCCGAAUCUCCCCAGAGUCGCAGGGCCUCGGGCUCGGGGGUCUCCGACUAUGACUAUUUGGACCUGGACAAGAUGAGCCUGUACAGCGAGGCGGACAGCGGCUACGGUUCUUACGGGGGCUUCGCCAGCGCUCCCACUACCCCCUGCCAGAAGUCUCCCAACGGCGUCCGCGUGUUUCCGCCAGCCAUGCCACCACCGCCCACCCACCUGUCACCGGCCUUGGCCCCGGUGCCUCGGAACUCCUGUAUCACCUGCCCCCAGUGCCACCGCAGCCUCAUCCUGGAUGACCGGGGGCUCCGCGGCUUCCCCAAGAACCGCGUCCUGGAAGGGGUGAUCGACCGCUACCAACAGAGCAAAGCCGCGGCCCUCAAGUGCCAGCUCUGCGAGAAGGCGCCCAAGGAGGCCACGGUCAUGUGCGAACAGUGCGACGUCUUCUACUGCGAUCCUUGUCGCCUGCGCUGCCACCCACCCCGGGGGCCUCUGGCCAAGCAUCGUCUGGUGCCGCCGGCCCAGGGCCGCGUGAGCCGACGGCUGAGCCCGCGCAAGGUAUCCACCUGCACCGACCACGAGCUGGAGAACCACAGCAUGUACUGCGUGCAGUGCAAAAUGCCCGUGUGCUACCAGUGCUUGGAGGAGGGCAAACACUCCAGCCACGAAGUCAAGGCCCUGGGGGCUAUGUGGAAACUGCACAAGAACCAGCUCUCCCAGGCACUGAAUGGAUUGUCCGACAGGGCCAAAGAAGCCAAGGAGUUUCUGGUGCAGCUUCGCAACAUGGUGCAGCAGAUCCAGGAGAACAGUGUGGAGUUUGAGGCUUGUCUGGUGGCUCAGUGUGACGCCCUCAUUGAUGCCCUCAAUCGAAGAAAGGCUCAGCUGCUGGCCCGUGUCAACAAAGAGCAUGAACACAAGCUGAAGGUGGUUCGAGAUCAGAUCUCUCACUGCACAGUGAAAUUACGCCAGACCACAGGUCUCAUGGAAUAUUGCUUGGAGGUGAUUAAGGAAAAUGACCCCAGUGGCUUUUUGCAGAUUUCUGAUGCCCUCAUAAGAAGAGUGCACCUGACUGAGGAUCAGUGGGGGAAAGGCACACUCACCCCCAGGAUGACCACCGACUUCGACUUGAGUCUGGACAACAGCCCUUUGCUACAGUCUAUUCACCAGCUGGACUUUGUACAGGUGAAAGCUUCCUCUCCAGUUCCAGCAACCCCCAUCCUACAGCUGGAGGAGUGUUGUACCCACAACAACAGCGCCACACUGUCCUGGAAACAGCCCCCCCUGUCUACAGUGCCAGCUGAUGGAUACAUUCUAGAGUUGGAUGAUGGCAGUGGUGGUCAGUUCCGGGAAGUAUAUGUUGGAAAAGAAACAAUGUGUACGGUGGAUGGUCUUCAUUUCAACAGCACAUACAAUGCUCGAGUCAAGGCCUUCAACAAAACAGGAGUCAGCCCAUACAGCAAGACCCUGGUCCUGCAGACGUCUGAGGGAUGCAAUUUUGAGACACAGUCUGCACCUUACUCUCAAUUAGUUGACAUUAAAAAGCUGUUGGCAGUGGCCUGGUUUGCUUUCGACCCUGGCUCAGCACAUUCGGACAUCAUCUUCUCCAAUGACAACCUGACAGUGACCUGCAGCAGCUACGAUGACCGGGUGGUGCUAGGGAAGACUGGCUUCUCCAAAGGUGUCCACUACUGGGAGCUAACGAUAGAUCGCUAUGACAACCACCCUGAUCCUGCCUUUGGCGUGGCUCGCAUGGAUGUGAUGAAAGAUGUGAUGUUAGGAAAGGACGACAAAGCUUGGGCAAUAACGGAGGGAGGGAUCACCAAGGGGGCCACCAUUGGGGUCCUCCUUGACUUAAAUCGAAAGACCUUGACGUUCUUCAUCAACGAUGAGCAGCAAGGCCCCAUAGCAUUUGAGAAUGUGGAGGGCAUGUUUUUCCCUGCCGUCAGCCUGAACAGGAAUGUGCAGGUCACACUUCACACCGGGCUCCCAGUCCCCGACUUCUACUCCAGCAGAGCAUCCAUAGCCUAA